UUUUUUUCUUUUCAGAAUUUGAUAUUUGCUCGAUUGCGCGAUAAAUGCACACGUUUUUAGAAUUAAACGUUUUUAUUUUCCUCCCGUUCUGGUUUUCGUGGCAAAAGUUUCUGCAGAAAUCCAAUUAAUUUUUGUUGCGGAAAAAAAAAAAAGAUGAUCUUGAUGGUUUAGGGCAACGCAACUGGGUUCAUUUCAUCAGUUUUUGACCCGAAUGGGUUCUAUCAUGAUUUCUGCUGGAUUGGAAGAAAUGAGAAUAAGGGCAAAAUAAGCCGCCAAAAGAAAUUAACAAUUUUGGCGGCACCUGUUGCUGUAGAAACUAGAAUUAUGCCUGAAACGACGUCGUCCCGUGGAGGUUCACAUUGUUAUGUUGAACUAAGAGGGGUCCAAUGGCGCCUAGGUUUGGGGAUUUUACCAUCUUCUCCUUCUCCAUCCAUCGAUGACCUUCGCCGGGUUACCGCCAAUUAUCGUAGAAGAUAUGCUGCUUUGAGGAAACAACUUCUUGUCGAUCCACAUGUGCCAAAAGAUGGAAGUAAUUCUCCAGGUGUCGUCAUGGACAAUCCUUUGUCACAAAAUCCGGACAGCAUGUGGGGUCGUUUCUUCAGAAAUGCCGAACUGGAGAAAAUGGUUGAUCAAGAUUUGACACGUUUGUAUCCUGAAACGGGUAGCUAUUUUCAGACAACUGGAUGCCAAGCCAUGUUAAGGCGUAUACUCUUGCUCUGGUGCCUUAGCCACCCAGAAUAUGGCUACAGACAAGGGAUGCAUGAACUCUUGGCUCCAUUGUUGUAUGUUCUUCAUGUUGAUGUGGAACGUCUCUCGGAAGUGGAAAAAUCUCACAAAGACCACUUUGCUGACAAAUUUGAUGGCUUUACCUAUCAUGAAAACGGCGACUCCACAUAUAAGCUCGAUUUCAAGAAAUUUGAUGGGAGUGAUUCUGACAAAAGUUCUGCAAAAGCUAAUAAUCUGACCGAACUCGAUCCGGUAACACAAACCAUUGUCUUACUAAGCGAUCCGUACGGAGCAGAAAGUGAACUCGGUAUUGUCUUGUCUAAGAAAUUUAUGGAACACGAUGCCUACUCCAUGUUCGAUGCCUUGAUGAGUGGGGCCCACGGUGUCGUUUCCAUGGCAGAGUUUUUCUCUCCAUCUCCUUAUGGCAGUUCACUCACUGGUUUCUCCCCGGUAAUUGAAGCUUCUUCAGCAAUGUACCAUUUGCUUUCUGUUGUGGAUUCGCCUCUUCACACUCACCUCGUUGAACUAGGAGUUGAACCCCAGUAUUUUUCGCUUCGCUGGCUCAGAGUAUUAUUCGGACGUGAAUUUUCCCUCGAGGACCUUCUCUUAUUAUGGGAUGAAAUCUUUGCAUGCGACAAUACAAAGUGUAAGAAAGUUGAGGCAGAAGAGUCUUCUAACUGUGGAGUACUCGAUUCACCUAGGGGAGCAUUCAUCUCGGCUUUUGCAGUUUCGAUGAUACUCAAGCUGAGAGCUUCGUUGCUCGCAACUGGAAACGCCACUUCUUGUCUUCAGAAAUUGGUGAAUUUUCCAAACGACGUAAAUCUUGAGAAGCUGGUAGCGAAGGCGAAAUCUUUGCAAGCUCUAGCAGCAGAGGUGAACAGCUUGAAUUCCAUCAUGCUCGUUCACAACGAAGUAAAACCAGCGAGUGCUAGAGGUCAUAGUCUCUCUCUAGAUUCUUCGUCAUAUCCAAGAACUUUGCUGAAUGUGGUACCAGAGAGCUAUUGGGAAGAGAAGUGGAGAGUUUUGCACAAUGAAGAAGAACACAAGCAAGGUGUUGGAAAAGAAGAAGUUCCUAAAAUCAGAAAGGGUUGGUCAGAGAGGGUUAAACUGCGGUUAUCAAGAACUGAAACCGAUCCUCCACCAUUGAUGAAAACUGUAAGUAUUAAAUUACCAGAGGAGCCAUCUUCUGUAAUUAGAAGUUUGUUCGGAUCAGACGAAAAUAAAGAAAAUUCAGUGUGUGAUGAAGUAGUGGAGCAACAGGGUUCAGUUGAGGUUGCUGAUAAGAAAUUUGGCAGCGGAGAAAUUCCUCUGAAUUUCUCGGAUCCACCAAGUCCUAUACACGGAUUGGAAAAUAGUAGUGUUGCAUCGAACUCAUCAGUCGAUGAAAAUGAAGCUGAGUCAUGUGGGACCCACCGAGAAGGCUGCCCCCCUGUUGGUGUCUCUGCUGUCUCUAAUGGCCCCCCUUCGGAAUAUGAUAUCCAAAACGAUGAAUCGACGGGAAAAUCAGUAGCAGGAGUGAAGGAGAGAAGUUUUUCCGGCAAAUUUCUGUGGUUACGGAAGUUUGAGCAGAAUGGGGUUGAGGGAGCAACGUGUGAAGGGUGUGAUAACUCUUGUGAAAGCAGUAAAGGCGAGACAGUUGACCAAAAUACGAUGGUUAGCCUGAGGAAUCUUGGUGAAGCCAUGCUCGAAAAUAUUCAGGUGAUUGAAUCUGUCUUCGAAACGGGGUCGCCAGAGAAUGGAAAAGUCACAGCCAUGUCGGCGCUCAACGAGCUCAGGAAAAUAAGCAAUCUUCUAUCCCAGAUGUGAUGUGUAUGCACCACACAUUUUGUAAUUAUCUCUCUCUUGAUUAGCAACAAUAAAUUAUGAUUUGGAUUCAUAAUAUGUAUGUAUAUGUGUAUAUAUUUACGGUGGAUUAAAUAGAAAUCACGAUUUACAAUAGAGCAUUUCUAGUUGUACAUCACAAUAUUGUAUCAUUCAUUAUUCAACAGAGCCAAGAAGAAGCACAAGAAUUCUCAGA